AUGUCUGACCUGAAGGGCAAGGGUGGGAAAUUGUCCCCUUUAGGACUUUUCAAAGAGAUAUUUAAUUGGUACCCUUCAUCGUAUCCUGCCGAGGAGAGAAAAUUACUAUUCAAGCUGGACUUGUCAAUUCUGAUAUUUGCCUGUCUCUGCUUCUUUGUCAAGUAUCUGGACCAGACAAACAUUAGCAAUGCGUAUGUUAGUGGUCUGAAGGAGGACUUCGGCCUGUACGGCAAUGAGCUCAACUACUUCAACGUCUGCUACUUUACAUCAUAUGUCCUAUUCCAAAUCCCCGGACUACUUCUCAUGUCACGCCCGAAGCUGGCUCGCUGGUUGUUACCUACCCUUGAAGUCCUUUGGGGUAUCUGCACAUUUGCCCAGAGUCGUGUCACCAACGUGCACCAGCUCUAUGCCCUUCGUUUCUUGGUUGGCAUGUUCGAAGCACCUGUCUUCGCUGGAACUCAUUUUAUUCUUGGUUCAUGGUACACGGGUCCCGAGCUAUUCAAACGAGCCGGAACAUGGUUCAUCUGCAACCCGCUCGGUUCGAUGGUUAGUGGAUACCUACAGGCAGCUGCUUAUACCAACCUCUCUGGCGUCGGCGGUAUGCCAGGUUGGAGGUGGCUGUUCGUAAUCGACGGAAUAUUCACUAUCCCCGUGGCCUUACUCGGCUUCUUCAUCUUCCCCGGUAUUCCUGGAUCACCCAGACCAUUCUAUAUGACAGAGCGUGAUGUUGCAUUGGCCAAGGAAAGAACUGUCAGAGCCAAAAUUCGCCAGCCUGGCAAGAUGAGUCUCGACGUCUUCAAGAGGAGUUUCAAGAGAUGGCACAUCUGGGUCUUUAUCACUUGCUACGCUUGCAUGAUCAUCUGCUCUUAUCCGAGCAGCUAUAUGAGCCUAUGGCUCAAACAAGAGGGAUACUCCAUCGAGUCCGUGGUACUAACAGAUCUACUCAAAGAUUCGUUGCCUGUGAGGGAUGAUGCCGAGGAGCGCGCUCUCAUCAUGGGCUCCAUGAUGACCUUUGGCUAUUCGUUCAACAUCUGGGUUCCUUUGCUGGCAUACCCAACUGCUGGCCCCGAUGGUGCGCCGAGAUGGCGAAAGGGAUGGCCAAUAUCAUUCGUCUUUUUCUUCCUACUAUGGGCUGGUUUCGUGGCCUCUGUUUACAUAUGGCGAAGGGAGCAAAAGAAAGAAGCCUUGGAGUCACCCCAGGAAAGUAGUGAUGAGGAAACGGACACUGUGAUAGUUGAUGGGACACCGGCAUUAAAGAACUGA